AUGAGAAUGAACAUGGACAGGAAUGAGAUGGCUGAGAGAAUCUUGGAUCUCACCCUGGAGAUCAUCUACCUGCUGACUGGAGAGGUGAGGGAUUCUGGGUAAUGUCAGUAUGGAGAUCAUCUACCUGCUGGCUGGAGAGGUGAGGGAUUCUGGGUAAUGUCAGUAUGGAGAUCAUCUACCUGCUGACUGGAGAGGUGAGGGAUUCUGGGUAAUGUCACCAUGGAGAUCAUCUACCUGCUGGCUGGAGAGGUGAGGGAUUCUGGGUAAUGUCAGUAUGGAGAUCAUCUACCUGCUGGCUGGAGAGGUGAGGGAUUCUGGGUAAUGUCAUUAUGGAGAUCAUCUACCUGCUGACUGGAGAGGUGAGGGAUUCUGGGUAAUGUCACCAUGGAGAUCAUCUACCUGCUGGCUGGAGAGGUGAGGGAUUCUGGGUAAUGUCAUUAUGGAGAUCAUCUACCUGCUGACUGGAGAGGUGAGGGAUUCUGGGUAAUGUCAUUAUGGAGAUCAUCUACCUGCUGACUGGAGAGGUGAGGGAUUCUGGGUAAUGUCAUUAUGGAGAGGUGAGGGAUUCUGGGUAAUGGGAGAUCAUCUACCUGCUGGCUGGAGAGGUGAGGGAUUCUGGGUAAUGUCAGUAUGGAGAUCAUCUACCUGCUGACUGGAGAGGUGAGGGAUUCUGGGUAAUGUCAGUAUGGAGAUCAUCUACCUGCUGACUGGAGAGGUGAGGGAUUCUGGGUAAUGUCAGUAUGGAGAUCAUCUACCUGCUGACUGGAGAGGUGAGGGAUUCUGGGUAAUGUCAUUAUGGAGAUCAUCUACCUGCUGACUGGAGAGGUGAGGGAUUCUGGGUAAUGUCAUUAUGGAGAUCAUCUACCUGCUGACUGGAGAGGUGAGGGAUUCUGGGUAAUGUCAUUAUGGAGAUCAUCUACCUGCUGGCUGGAGAGGUGAGGGAUUCUGGGUAAUGUCAUUAUGGAGAUCAUCUACCUGCUGGCUGGAGAGGUGAGGGAUUCUGGGUGAUGUCAUUAUGGAGAUCAUCUACCUGCUGACUGGAGAGGUGAGGGAUUCUGGGUAAUGUCAGUAUGGAGAUCAUCUACCUGCUGGCUGGAGAGGUGAGGGAUUCUGGGUAAUGUCAUUAUGGAGAUCAUCUACCUGCUGACUGGAGAGGUGAGGGAUUCUGGGUAAUGUCAUUAUGGAGAUCAUCUACCUGCUGGCUGGAGAGGUGAGGGAUUCUGGGUAAUGUCAUUAUGGAGAUCAUCUACCUGCUGACUGGAGAGGUGAGGGAUUCUGGGUAAUGUCAGUAUGGAGAUCAUCUACCUGCUGACUGGAGAGGUGAGGGAUUCUGGGUAAUGUCAGUAUGGAGAUCAUCUACCUGCUGACUAAAGAGGUGAGGGAUUCUGGGUAAUGUCGCCAUGGAGACCAUCUACCUGCUGACUGGAGAGGUGAGGGAUUCUGGGUAAUGUCAUUAUGAAGAUCAUCUACCUGCUGACCGGAUAGGUGAGGGGUUCUGGGUAAUGUCACCAUGGAGAUCAUCUACCUGCUGACCGGAGAGGUAAGGGAUUCUGGGUAAUGUCUCAGUCUGAGACUUUGCACUGGUACUAAAAAAUAUGAAUGUCAUUUUAUAAGGGAGACUUUUUUAGAAUGGUGAAAACAGUCACAGACAGAAAUAGUCGCCAUUGAAGGAGUUUUGAUCAAUAAGGAUACUUGGAUGCAAUCAAUUUUAAUUUGGAUAUAAGAAAGGUAACAUUGAUAUAAAAACAGUGGCGGUGAAUACGAAUUCAGUGAGCAAUAAUACUUUUUAUUUAUUUCUUAUUGGCAUUUAUAUAUUUAUACAAUCUACGAGGAUCUGAAUGUCUGCAUUUGUGUUGCUCUUACCAUUUAGGAUUGUAUGGUUGUGAAUAAGCUUUGUCAGUCUGUUACACAAAGAAAUAGUGCUAUGGUGUCAUCAGGGUCCUGCAGCACUGAUAUCGCUAGCUCAGUGCCUCCACAUCACUCUCAGACAUAUGAGGGUAACACUGACCAGAAGAUCCUGGAACUGACCAAUCAGAUCACCCAACUGCUGACUGGAGAGGUGAGGCUGCUGGGAAUGGGACAUUAUAGAGUAAAACCAAGGGAUGUGUCUGGAUGGUGACUGUAUCAUUGUGUGUGUCAGGUUCCUAUAAGGUGUGAGGAUGUCGCUGUCUAUUUCUCCAUGGAGGAGUGGGAGUAUUUAGAAGGACACGAGCAUCUCUACAAGGACGUAAUGAUGGAGAAUCACCAGACUCUCAGCUCAUCGGGUAAGAGGAAAUAAAAUCACAAAGAUCUGUGUUUAUAAUGCCAAAUAAGAAGGGUCCAAAAUGUAUAUGAAUUCAGGGCUUUGAUUUAGUUGCGCUUAUUGUUCUCUAAUGUUUGUUUAGUUGCUAUUAUUGUGUAUUUUCUUCUAAUAGAUAAAUCUAUACCUGAGGAAUUUCACAGCCAUGUCACUUUGUCCAAUUCUGGAACUGAAGAUGAAGUUGUAAAUAAAAUGGAGAAUGGGGAAAAAUACCUGGCACUUGCCAAAUCAAAGAAAAGACUUACACACACUAGAAAACAGACAUUCUCAUGUUCUAAAUGUGGAAAAGUUAUUAACCAAAAACGCAAUCUUAUUAGGCAUCAAAUGAUGCACACAGGAGAAAAACCAUUUACAUGCCCUAUAUGUGAAAAAUCUUUUACGCGAAAGCAGAAUCUUAUUGUCCACGAGAGGAAGCACACUGAAAAACAGGCAUUCCUAUGCUCGUAUUGUGGAAAAUUCUUUAUGACAAAAUCCAGUCUUAUCAGUCAUCAAAUGAUUCACACUGGAGAAAUUCCUUCCGAAUGCCCUUCAAAUGCCCUGAAUGUGGGAAAUGUUUCCGCCUAA